UAUCAGCGGUACCCGCAGGGGUACGAGCCACCGCAGAUGUGGUACGGCCAUGAUAAAGCCUCACUUCCGUCACAGCAAGAAGUCGACCAGGCACAAACACAGGGACAAGGUCUUGCUGUCCUGCCCGAAGCCGAAAAAUUACGACUUUGUGAGCCCGGACACCACCAAGACCUUGGCUCGCAUAUUUCAGGACGGCACUCCAUAUCCUGUCCCGGGCGAGGUUCCCGAUGAUGGACCAGGAGGAGGACCACCCGGAGGAGGGACCGCCCCGGUAGAGGCCCUCCCGCGGGAGGUCCCACCCGGAGGAGGCCAGGAUGACGCCGAGGGGUACGAACCCGCCCAGGUGAGUACGGUUACCAGCGGUACCCGCAGGGGUAUGAACAGGCACAAAUGUGGUACGGCCACGACAGAGCUUCACUUUCGCAGCCAGGGGAACGCAGCAGACAAGCCACGAGUGCCCUAUCCGCUCCAGCGCCGGUUCCCGUGGCCGAAGACGAAGACGAUACGAAAGCAUCAGUCCCGACACGACCCGCACGCUGGCACAGAUCUUCGAGUCCGGCACCCCGCACAGCGGCCAGGUCCGACCCCAGCAUUCGGCUUUGCGCAGCGACCGGGAGGCGGUGCUCAUGACGCCCGACAGAUGCUCAACCGCAGAAGCUGACGACGAUAACCUCGCGGCCACCUGCCAGGACCUGGGCACCUGGUCGGAGACGUCGAUCGGCUCGGUAGCGACUCCGCAAGCCAGCCGGAGCGCCGAGUACGUGCCGGCAGCCGGCAUGUACGGCUUCCAGCCACCGCUGGGUCCGCCCAGCCGAGGCUCAGUCGAGUACCUGCCCGAGCCGGACGGCACCUACACGCAGGGACUGUGUGCCUUCGCCUGCCCCGACUCUUGGCCGCCGACGCCGCCGACGCCGCGCUCCGAGGAGGAUGUGACGUCGGCCGGGGAGGGCGGUCAUCAUGUGUCGCCGGCACGCAGGGGGCAGUACAUGGAAGGCCUCAACUGGGACGAGGUCAAGAGGUGGCCGCCAACUCCCGAGACGCCCAGCUCUCUGGAGGAUGUCCGGCCGUCUGAGGGCACCGGUCCAGGCCGGACCGCGCCCGUUCCACUCAGCCCAUACACACAAGGCCUGGUCUGGGACAGUGUGAAGGGGUGGCCGCCCACUCCACCAACGCCCUCCUCCAAGGAGAAGCUGGCACCGGAAGGCGCGCUAGCAACGCCCCUCCAAGAGGGCACUCCGCACGCACCCCACGGCAAGCCACCGUCAGGGUCAGACGGGGAGGGCCACGAGCCGGCUCAGGGUGAGUACGGCUUCCAGCGUUACCCGCAGGGGUACGAGCCGCCGCAAAUGUGGUACGGCCACGAGCACGCCUCCAUCGCGUCACCGCGCAGCUCGCAGGACCUCGGCAGCCAGGCUGUCUCCUCCGGCGACCCGUCUCCUCGUCUGGACGUGAUUCCACGCGACGGCGGCGACUACGAGCCGGCACAGGGUAUCUACGGCUUCCAGCGGGUGUUCGCCACUGACGUCAGCGCCGACGCGGCGCAACCGGCCGCUGCCGCCGCCGCUGAGUCGGCCGAGAACUUUGACGGCCCCAGUCCAGACACAAGCCGCAGUCUGGAGCGCAUCUUCGAGGCGGGCAGUCCGCACCCGACCGUCGGCGAGCAGCGCACGCUCACGCCGUCACCGAACCUGCCCGCCUUCCUGGAGAAGCUGACGAGCAGCUCCGAGUCGGAGGACAGCGCCAGCCGGCAGCGGCGUCGGCCGUCCGAGUCGGCGCCGGCCGUGCGAGUGCCACGGAACCGCUUCUACUCGAUGGAAGAGAUGUGCACAACGGCACCGAGCCCGCCCAAUCUGGCCCUUUCCUCCUCGAGCCUGCACGUCACGCGCUCAGUCCGAUCCGGUGACCAGCAGUGCUACCUGCCCUGGAUGCACCGGGCACCAGUUCCGUACAGAAGUCCGCAGACCGCGCAGUUCGUAGAUUACCAGGAGCCACCGCUCGUGGACAUGGAUGACGUGAGUAGCGUUCCAACGCCCACAUCCGACAGAUCUCGCCGCUCAGACUCGGACAAGACACAGCCGUCAGAGCCUCCAGGCGACUACUUCGCGCCGGCGGGCGGCAGCAGCGUGGACACGCCGUCAUCUGGGAGGUACGAGCCGCCGCCGGACGCGGCCAGCUACGACGGACCAUCGCCCUACACGGCCGCCAGUCUGCAGCGCAUCUUCGACGCCAGUACCGGUGGCAAGCAGCAAGAAUCUCCCCUUGCUGGCGAGUCUAAGUCUGUGGAGUCGGCACACAACGACAUUGAGGACAUGCUGCAGCGUCUCCGCUCUCUCGAGUCUCGGCUACACUCUGUGGAGGAUGAGUCGCAGAGCAAGGACCGCCAGAUCCAGGAUCUGCUCUCGAGGCUAGAGGGUCUGCUGACUUCUGGCGGUGCCGACGGGCAGAGCGACCUAAACGAGCGACUCCAGUCGGCGACCGAGACCGUUGCCAAGCUCGAAGAAACUGAGGGCAAGCUCGAAAAGGAAUUGGCGGACGCCAAAAAAGAGAUCGACAGCUAUGUUGCUAAGUUGGAGUCGUACCAGGGCCGUUCUGAGGAGAUUGAGAUGCGCCUGGCCGAGUCGCAGCGACUGCAGGCGGCUGGUGACCAGCAGCUGCAGGAACUGGCGCAGCAGUGCGGCCAGCUGGCGGCCGAGCGAGACCAGUUGGCGCGACAGCUAGAGGAGAGCGCCGCCAUCGUCACGGAGAAGGAGGCGCGCGUUGACCAGCUGGUGCAGCAGCUGCAGGAGUACAGCGACCGUGUGGCGCAACUGGAAGCAGAUCUGAAGGAUGGUGUUGUGCCAGCCGACUCGGCCGACAUCGCCGCCGAGAACCAACAUCUCCGAAAUCGGGUGGAGGAAUUGGAGCAGGGGCAGCAAACCGAGGAACAGUGGAAAGAACAGGCUGAGGAAGCGGACGAGCGCGCCCGGGCGAUGGAGAAGGCACUGGACCAGCUAGCCUCGGAGAAGCGGACGGAGGAGGAGCGGCGCCGAGAGGUUGAGACGCAGCUGGUGCAGAUGGUGCGCAAGACGUCAGUGGCGCGUGUCACCGCCUCCGAGGAUGACACAUCCGCCACUGAGGAGAGCAGCGCCGACGACCUGUUGGACCCGCAGCUGUGCCGCCGGCUGCAGCAGCUGCUGGACAAGCUGCAUGGCCAGGGUCUACAGGCGCUCAACUUAGUGGAGCUGCGCUUUGUAAAGGCGUACGCCACGCCGAGUCAGCUGACGCCGCGAGCGCUACCGGCCGAGGCGGCCGUCCAUGUGUCGGACAUGGACACGGCCACCCUGCAGCGGGCCUUGGCACGGUUGGCCGACGAACUGGGCAACGCCGAACAGGAAAUGAACGCCAAGGGUGUGCUGUACCCGGUCUGCCUGAGGUAUGCUGUACCCGGUCUGUCUGAGGGAGUGCUGUACCCGGUCUGCCGCAGUGAACAGCUGCCGUCAGCCUGCGAGGAGGAGACAGGUCUGGUGCAGGAGCUGCAGACGACGCUGGAGGCAGAGCACCAGACCAAGCUGACGCUGACUGAGCGGCUGAGCGAGACGCGCACGGCCAGCGGCGCGCUCGAGACGGAGCUGACGCAGUUUACAGGGGCGGCUGAGCUGAUCCGCACAACCGACGCCGGCUGCAAGGACCUUGCGCGGGUGAUGACGUGCCUAGCCAAGCUGGACGGGGCCGGCGACCAGAUUGUCGAGCUGUGUGCCGACCCGGGCAACCAGAGCGCCGUCAAGCGGCUGGCGGAGGAACUGCUGGCAGAGCAACAGCGCUGUCGCGACAUGCUGGCUUGUCUGGAGUGCGAGCGCGGCCGCGCGGGUCAGCUGUCGCAAGAGCUGGACCAGGGGCGCGCCCAGGCCCAGGCCGACGGCAAGACAUCAGAGCAGCUGGGACAGCGUGUCUCCGAGCUGGAGCAGCGCUCAGAGAAGCUCAGGAAACAGACAGAUGCGGCGUGCGCUGAGGCGCAGGAAGCGGGCACCGACGACCAGGCGCCGCUGGAGGCCCAAGUGAAGCGGCUGCUGCAGGAGUUGCGGCAGGUGCAGGGAGCCCGCCAGAAGGCAGCAGAUGACGUGCAGAAGCCGGCGGCUGAGCUCAGCCAGCUGACGGCAGACUUGCGUCUCUCGGCCGCCGACGCUCUCACCACGUGGCGUGUGUUCGACGAUCCGGCUCGGCACGUGACUCUGGGCGCUCUGUGA